GUAUGGGUUUGAGAACUACAAAUACCAGGGACGACCGUUAAACGUUUACUUACAGGCGACAGUUCAGUUUGCUUUAUUUUGUGCAGAUAGCGUUGUGUCACGAGGUGUCAAAGUCUACCACGGAACGUUAUCCUUGCUGUUACAUGUCUGUGAACUAACUGCCCAAACCUGGAGCAGCUCCUCCUCUGAAGUCCGCGUUUCGCCUCCCCCUCUCAAGGCCGCCGCCUGCCUCGCAGCUCUAAUAUCGGACUCGUGAAACUGGCCUGCUAGUUAGCAAGCAAGCUAAGUUUUCACUCAUGUCCUCUGAAGAAGGAUUGAGUUCAACGAUCACAGAUUGGCUUUUCAUCAAUUCUUGGUGGCUCCUUCUCCCGUUUAUUAUGCUUCUUGUAGUUGUUGCCUUCAUUGUUGCCUUUGUGCUAUUACUUUACAUGAUAUCGCCCCUCAUUAGUCCCAAGCCACUGAAACUGAACGGGGCCCACGUCGUGGUUACAGGAGGCUCAAGUGGAAUUGGGAAAUGCAUCGCAAUCGAAUGUUACAGACAAGGAGCCUUCAUCACUCUUGUGGCACGAGACGAGGAAAAAUUACUCAGAGCAAAGAAGGAGGUGGAGAAAUUUGCCAUCAAUGACAAGCAGGUGGUCCUCUGUGUAUCAGUGGAUGUUUCCAGUGACUACUCUCAGGUGGAAAGUGUGAUAAAGCAGGCACAAGAGAAGCUCGGCCCUGUGGAUAUGCUUGUGAACUGUGCGGGAACAUCCAGUGCUGGAAAGUUUGAGGAAAUGGAGGUGGAGCGUUUUAAAGAAAUGAUGGAGUUGAACUACCUGGGCAGUGUCUACCCAACACGGGCCGUCAUAACCACCAUGAAGGAGCGAAGAAUGGGUCGCAUCAUGUUUGUGUCCUCCCAGGCAGGCCAGAUUGGUCUUUUUGGCUAUACUGCCUACUCCCCUUCCAAGUUUGCUCUGCGUGGCUUGGCAGAGUCGCUUCAGAUGGAGAUAAAGCCGUACAACAUUUAUGUGACCAUGGCAUUCCCCCCUGAUACUGAUACGCCACUGCUGGCUGAGGAGAACAAGUCAAAGCCUUUAGAGACCAAGCUAAUCUCUGAAACCUCUGGAGUUUGGCAACCAGACCAAGUGGCCAAAAUUCUUGUCAAGGAUGCAGUGCAGGGGAACUUUAGCAGCUCUGUUGGUCCUGAUGGUUACAUGCUGUCAGCCCUCACCUGUGGAAUGUCACCUGUCACCUCCAUCACAGAAGGUCUCCAACAGAUUGUCACCAUGGGGUUAUUUCGGACCAUUGCCCUCUUCUACCUGGGAAGUUUUGACAGCAUUGUGCGGCGCUGCAUGAUUCAGAGGGAGCAAUCGAAAGCAGCUGACAAGAGGGAAUAACAGCAGCCUUAAUGUCCUCACAGUGCACUAGUCCUCCUCCACAGCCCCGUCAUCCAGUCCUAUUCUUCUGUUUUACAAGUGCACAACCAUAGGUGGGGAAAAUGUCAAGUGUAUUUUAUACCAAGUGAUAAGAUAAUAUGGAAGAAAGUAGGUGUUUACGUGUUGCUUGUGUACUGAUGCAGCAUCUCCCUAGAACUUAUUACCAUUUUGAUUUUUCUGUCCUUUGAAAGCAUUCCAGUGACUUUGGUUUAUUGGGUCCCUUUGCUUCUUGUGUGAGAGCCGCCUUACUUGAGAGAAAUGAGGGCAGACUAAACAUCCCAGUGCCAGGUUUUAAAGUAGGGGGGCUUUGUCAACCACUAAUUUACAGAUGUGAGGCCCUUCCUGCCUUGAUUUGCACAGUGAUGGGUUUAUUUUAUUUUAUUUUUCUUUACAGAAAGGAAAAGAAGCAGAAAGCCUGUCCAAAUAAUUGUGCCAAAUGGCUUCAAAUUCUUUUCCACUAUGGACUUUAGUGAAAAACAGAGGGGUAACUCUCACUUUCAGUUGUUGCAUGUAUCGCAAAACUAUCCACUUUUUACAGAGAUUUUUACACUUUUCACUUAAUAAGCCCGUAAUUCUUUACCUUCAUGUAUCGCAAGUCUUUGCUGGCAAAGCACCUUCCCUUUUUGACUAAAUAAUCUCUAGAACCGGUCGUGACCCUCGGCAUUUUGUUUACGCUGUGGGAUGUUUUGUUUUUGUGCUUCUUGUGUGAACUAAGCUGUGAAGUGAAACAACAGUACUAUUCACUGAUAUCAAAGAGCGAGAGUUAGUUGUACGUUCAGUCUUUUGUUUUCUUUUUACUAAUGCAAAAACAUUAUUUCCACAUAUUAUUCAGAUUUUCCAUGCAGUGUUGGGAAGAUAAUUGUGGGUGAACUGUGUGCAUGACUGUGUGUGUUUUUACUGUGACUGAGCCAACCCCCCAAGGGAGAGAAAAGCCAUUUGAUUUAAUCAUUUCAGAUAUAAAGGCACCAAACUAUUUUCUGGUUAUUCCAGCUAGAACUAAAAGCAGGUACUGAGUUGAAGUCAUAAAAGGGGCAGAAAAACCAGCACAUGAUUUCACUUUUCACCUGCACAAGCUCAAACACCCUGCUCCCACCCUCUGCUUUGAAAGGAAGCAUAUCUUUCUUACUUGCAGUUCUGUGUGUUAGUGCAGAAAUUCAGCCUCCUGAGUUGAGAUCCUGUCAGGAUCCACUCUGUCGGGUUGUGUUAAGGCAGGGCAAGACUUGCUGGUUCAAGUCUCUGUUGGUCAUGUGGACGCUGGAGAAUUUACAUUAAGGCCAAAAUAUCCAAGGACGAGCAUGGACUUCUGGCCCUUGUUCUUGUCAUUUUGACCUGCUGUGAGCACAGCUGUGACUUUGUAAUUCCUGAAAUGACAUCACUUUCCUCCUGGUUUUUGUCAAGCCUGAUGGUUUUAUAUGUUAUCACACAACAUUCCAGCUGUUUUGCUUAUAAAGGGUAGAAAAAGUACAGCACUGACUCCUGCAAAGUCUUCCCUUGGUCCAUGAUAGUGGGGAGAAUGUACUUCAAUGCAAAGGAAACAAGUCAGAAUAUUGGAGUUUUAUUUUAUUUUCUUUUAAAUACACUAAUAUUUGAAUGCCAAAAUGUGUUUGAACAAUGUUUGUAGAUGUAAUGCAUUUAUUUGCAGUUUACCUGGAUGUCGCUGCUCUGUUAGUCUUUGUUAAAGCUGUGGAGCAGUGUUGGGAUCCAUUCUAAGCCUUAAGAUGCAACUACACAUGAAAAAUGCUGAGAACAGAACUGUUGCCAGCACAGUGUGACUUAACCCACGUGUGGUUUACCACAUCAUUUAAUGACUUUUUGGUGUACAAUAUUCUGUACUUGAUCAGUUUCUGCUCUUUGUAUGACAAAAGAAGCCAUACUGAAAUCCAAGAUAUGAAAGUGAGAAUGGAUGACUCAUGCUUGACGAUGUUCUCAUUUGAUAUUGGUCAAAGGCAUACUGUUGUUCACUUAGGUUUUUCAUUUAAAUACAUUUAUUUCUUUGAAAAGUUCUCCUUCACUUUAAGGUAGCAGUACAUAAUUUAAACAUGUAGCUUGUGAAAAAGCAGUUUUGUUGAACACCUUUAAGCUAUGCAAGUGAAGCUUUGGUGUUAGAGAACUUUAGUUUUCAAUGCUCAGUCACACUAGCUUCACUUAAUGGUGUAACUGAUUAAUAUAAGUUCAAGAAUAUUGAAUAUGAAGGUCAAACUGCUAUCAUUUGAUUCAUAAUUGUUUGGGUUUUUUUUUUUUGUUUGUUUG